AUGAGAGGGUUGGUCUUGAUCUCCGAUCAUCGAAACGGCAGUGCAGUUGUCUGCCCCAAGCCUCGGCGAAUUCGGGUCCUGCAGUUGCAUCUGUAUCAAGCCGAGGUAAACGAUUCGAAAGCUGGUGCGGAGCUUCUCGAUGCUAUAGCCUCAUCACCCCCGUUCUUUUGUGGAUCGCCUCCCGGCAGGGCGGCGAAUCCACUUGUGCAAGAUGCUCGGUUCAACGAAGAGCGGCUUGCACAAGCGCUUUCGACGCUGCAAAUUCCAUGUCCGUCGUCGUCGUCGUCACUUGCAAGUAAAGCAGGGUGUAUCGGGAUGAAAUUUGGCCUUGAACCGGCCGCAGUUAGAGUUGAAGGAUUUGAUUGCCUUAGCAGGGAUCGGCGAAAUUCCAGAGUCCCUGCCAUGGCUUAG